AUUCAUUAAUACUUUGAUAAUUGUCAAAGAACGUUUAUAUUAAAUCACGUAACUAUGUACUUAUUCAUACAUGAUGCUGUAUAACAUGCGCAUAAAAGAGUGAAGGAUCAACAAUCGACAGUUCACAUUAGAAAUGACCAAAUUGAUUCUCAAUUUCUCCCUCCGUCUUAAUUAUUCAGGUUAUGAUCCCGGUUUUGAAUUUUGUGGUGAUAUGACAUACAAUGCAUGAUAAUAUGUUAUAUCAAAAAGCGCGUUGCGAAUACAACGCUCCCAACAAAAGUCCGCUUCAGAUGUUUUCAAUAACAUCAAUUUUCACCUUGAACUUUGGAAACUCUAUCGGUACCUUUACCAAGAUCAUGGCCACAUUGGGGGGGACGAAACAGAAGAAGUUGGAAGACAAUUCGGCCAUCUUUAGUUUAUAUCACGUGCAAUUGAUCACGCCACUUGUGGAUACGGCCCUGAGUGCCGGCAAGUCAACCGGCGCGGAACGGAGCGGCGCUGCAUUUCAGAAACUGUUGUCGUCGGCGGCGUCAACGGGUAUCGUAGUUGCGUGAGUUAGACGCAUUCUAACCAUCGUUCCCUUAAGGGAGAUAAGCUAAACUGUUCAGAGGCAGUGUCCCCAAAGUCAUACAAGAAAACCUUUCGGGGCAUAGUAACGUGUCACGGUGUGUGCGCGUGUAUUCAUUCGAUUCUAUGAUUGGUGACAAUGACCGCGACCGUGGAGGACUAUUACGACGGUUCCCGGACUUUUCACUGGCUCGGAAAGUUUCUCGACGUGCCGCUCGACCAGGUGAAUUUCUUAGUAACACAAUUCACGGCGUUGAUAUUGGCUGGCGUUUUAAGGAACUUCCUUAGCCCUGAUAGAGUUUCACCGACCACUAGACAUGUGUUUGGUCUCGUCAAUGGUCUUCUCCUUGGAUAUUUUUGCUUUGGCAGGCAGGUGAUACACCUUGCAGGCCUUUCCAUCUUAAGUUACAUAGUAAUGUACACACAAAAUCCUCGUAAUAUGCAGAGUUUUGUAUUGGUGACGGCGUUGUUCUACUUAUCAUGCGUGCAUUUUCAUCGACAAAUAUACGACUAUGCUUCCUACACUCUCGAUAUCACCGGUCCGCUGAUGGUGAUCACGCAGAAAGUAACAAGCCUCGCGUACAAUGUGCACGAUGGUUUAAUACGAUCGGAGAAGGAACUAACGCCAACGCAGCGUCAUCAAGCUGUGAAACAGAUGCCGACACCUUUGGAAUAUUUUAGUUUCGUCUUCCAUUUUCAAGCCUUAAUGGCUGGACCAGUCAUAUAUUAUCGCGAUUACAUGGAUUUCAUUCAUGGACGUAAUCUGUCUAAACCCAGGCCUUCAACGGCUAACGAUCAAAAUUCCAACGACCGGAAUGCGAUAGUACAGCUGCCAUCCCCGAUAUUCGUCGUAAUCAAAAAGGUUUUAGCGAGUUUAUUGUGUGCCCUAGCGUUCGUGAUUUUCAUUCCACUGUUUCCGAUUGACAGGCUGAAAGACAAUGACUUCUUGAGGGACACGUCGAUGUUCUACAAGAUACGAUAUUUAAUGAUUGCGACGAUGCUGGUGCGUUUUAAAUAUUAUCAUGCGUGGAUAUUUGCCGAUGCGAUUUGCAAUAACUCCGGACUCGGAUUCAGCGGAUACGAUGAAAAAGGGAAACCACAAUGGGACGCAACUUCUAACGUCGAUGUCUUAGGCUUCGAGAUGUCUCAAAGCUUAAAAGAGAGUAUCGAGCAUUGGAACAAAGGAACUAAUCGGUGGCUCAGAUCGCUCGUGUACGAAAGAGUUAAACACAAUAAACUUGUAUAUACGUAUGUUCUUUCUGCCAUAUGGCAUGGCUUUUAUCCAGGUUACUAUUUGACCUUUGCCAAUGGAGCCUUUAUCACUGUGGUAUCGCGUGUCACUCGUCGCAAAAUUCGACCAUAUUUCUUAAGCAGCAAAGCGACAAAGUUCCUGUAUGACACGAUUUCAUUCAUUGUUACGCGAAUCGUAAUGGCCUACAUCACGUUUAGUUUUGUACUUUUGGAGUUUAUACCGAGCAUUAAAGUAUAUCUGUCUCUAUACAUGCUUCCACACAUAGUGGGUAUAGCGAUAUUACUAAUUGCACCUCGUCUUCCGAAAGUUUCUUCGCAGACGGACACACCCGAAACAAAAUCAAACGCCUCUCAGGAAUUAAUCAAUGGGGCUGCGCGGAAGUCUAUGUAAAUUCUAUCUCAUCGUGACGAAAAGAAGUGAUGGUCAUAACAAGAGAUACAUAUUUUUUAUGAGUGUUUUAAUAUGCAUAUAAAUAUUACGUAUUGUAUUUACAUGCACACUAUAUAUACAUAUAUACGCGAUACAAUAUUUAUUGUUACGACGUGUUAUUGGUACAAAUUCUAUGUCGAGCGUGUAGAAAAGAUAUUUGUUUUAUAAUAUUGUGAGCGAAUUAAUCAUGUAUUUAUAUAAGUAAGUGUCUCGUGCAUUUGUUGAGAAGCUGACGGUUUACUGUUUAACAUUUUUCGUUCAAACAGUUCGACAUUGGGUGAUACUGCAGACUUUAUUUUUGCGAACUCGAUAUGUUAUAUGUAUAAUUUCCAUGUUUCUUUCCUUGAUCUACCCGCGGUGUUUAUUAUAAGAAUGGUUAAUCAAAAGAACUGUAAUGUUUCCAUAUAAAAGAGUUAUGAUUUUAAUUCUAAGCGUUCACGAGUAAUUUUUGCAGUUUUAUACUUUGAGUAUAUUCAACGAUAUCGUUAUUAAUUUAAAAUAAAUCGCAAUAUUUAUUAUGAAAUGUUACAUAUGAGAGUUUUAUUGAUGCUCAAUCAAAUAUGGACAUCAUCUAUUAGGGCUCUUAUGUUGACUUUGACUUUCUAGAUUCAUCCAUAUGCACCUAUUCCCUAUUCUCAUUAUUUGUACAAACUAAAAUAAAAAUUGUAACAAACUAAAAGA